UUAAUGGCUUGGUAGCAGAGCCACUUGUGGGUGGUUAGGGCCUGGAGGGGCAGGGCGGAAAGCACACACCCCCUUUGUAGUUUUGGCAACUGGAAUUAGACUCUUGACAGCACAGAGAGGUCUCGUAGCAUGAGGGAACUGGACAGAAACAUGGGGGACAAGGAGACCUGUGCUGAUGAGCUCAUUUUCUUCGUUAACGGGAAAAAGGUCGUGGAGACAAAUGCAGAUCCUGAAAUGACCCUACUCACCUAUUUGAGGCGGAAGCUGGGCCUACCAGGAACCAAGCUAGGUUGUGCUGAAGGCGGAUGUGGAGCGUGCACAGUAAUGUUGUCCAAAUAUCAACCAUACACGCAACAGCUUCUUCAUUAUGCGGUCAACGCCUGCCUCGCCCCAAUCUGUUCCUUGCAUCUGGUUGCCGUGACGACUGUGGAAGGCAUCGGCAGUGUUGCUCGACGGUUGCAUCCUGUUCAGGAGAGAAUAGCGAAGGCUCACGGCUCGCAGUGUGGUUUCUGCACUCCAGGUAUUGUCAUGUCGAUGUACGCGCUGCUGAGAAACAACCCCACACCCAAAGCGACUGACAUGGAGGAGGCCUUCCAGGGAAACCUUUGUCGCUGCACUGGAUAUCGACCUAUCCUGGAGGCCUACAAAACCUUUACAAUGGAGGGCAGAUGUUGUGGAGGCUGGGGACAGAAAAAUGGCUGCUGUAUGACCAAUGAGAAUGGAGAUAAUGAGGACGUAGACAUGAAUUCGGCCUCGAUGCUGUUUAACGCCGUUGACUUUGCACCACUUGACCCAACACAGGAGGUCAUCUUCCCUCCAGAGCUCAUGUCCCUCAGCAAAAGUCAGAAGACACAUUCGCUGCGUUUCCACAGCAACAGAACGGUGUGGCUGCAGCCUGACAACCUGGAUGAGUUUCUGCAUCUGAAAUGGAAACAUCCUGAAGCCCGAGUGGUGGUAGGAAACACUGAAGUGGGUAUAGAAGUGAAGUUCAAAAACAUGUUGUAUCCAGUCAUCCUGGCACCAGCAUUCAUCCCUGAGCUCCAUAGAGUGAUACACACUGAAGACGGAAUUGUGUUUGGUGCAGCAUGCACUCUGAGCCAAAUGGAGGCAGUGCUGAAACAGGCCGUGGCGACGCUCCCGCCUCACCAGACUGAAGUCUUCCUCGCCGUGCUGGAGCAGCUGCGGUGGUUUGCUGGUCAGCAAAUACGCAAUGUUGCGGCUGUUGGUGGUAACAUCAUGACUGCUAGCCCCAUAUCAGACCUUAAUCCUGUUUUUAUGGCGGCGGGCUGUAAACUCACAUUGAUCGACAAAGAUGGCAGCCGCGUGGUUCAGAUGGACGACAAUUUCUUUGUAGGGUACAGGAAGACACUGCUGCGACCGCAAGAGAUCUUGUUAUCCAUAGAGAUCCCCUACAGCACGAGGAAUCAGUUUGUCUCAGCCUUCAAGCAGUCCCCUCGCCGAGAGGAUGACAUCAGCAUCGUCACGGCUGCGAUGAGCGUCACUUUCGUACCUGGUACAAACAUUGUGGAGGAUAUGAAGCUGAGCUACGGCGGCAUGGCAGCGACCACAGUACUAGCAAAGAAUACAGCACGCAAACUUCUUGGAAGGUGCUGGGAGGAGGAGUUGCUGGAAGAAGCAUCCUCCUCAUUGGCAGAGGAGUUGACCCUUGAUCCCUCUGUGCCAGGUGGGAUGGUGUCCUAUAGGAAAACUCUUACCCUCAGCUUCUUCUACAAGUUCUACCUGACAGUGCUGCAGAAGCUCCGGCAGCAGGGCCUCAACGUGGAGGAACUCAGAUCUGACUUCCUGAGUGCGACAGAGCUUUACCACCCAGAGACGCCAUCCAGUGUCCAGAUCUACCAGGAGGUGCCAGAAGGUCAGAACCAAGAUGACGUACUGGGCCGUCCCAUGAUGCACCUCUCGGCUCUGAAGCAGGCGACAGGUGAGGCGGUGUACUGUGACGACAUACCGCUAUUUGAGAAUGAGCUGUACCUGGCGCUCGUUACCAGCAGCAAGGCACAUGCUCGCAUCCUCUCCAUUGACUCGUCAGCAGCUGAGCAAUCUCCUGGCUUUGUUUGCUGUGUCUUCGCUGAUGACAUUCCUGGUAGCAACAUCGCUGGGAAAAUUGCGCAUGAUGAGACCGUCCUUGCUGACAGCCAGGUCACGUGUGUGGGUCACAUCAUUGGCGCUGUGGUGGCUGACACACAGCUUCAUGCCCAGCGAGCCGCCAAAGCCAUCAGGAUCCAAUACGAGGAGCUGCAGCCUAUCAUCACCAUCCAGGAAGCCAUUGCUGCCCAGUCCUUCUAUCAGCCAAUCAGAACCAUCCAGAAGGGAGACCUAGAGGUCGGGUUUAAACAGGCAGACCACAUCUUAGAAGGUAAGAUGCACAUCGGCGGCCAAGAACAUUUCUACCUGGAGACCAACGUCACUGUGGCUGUCCCACGAGGGGAAGAUGAUGAAAUGGAGAUCUUUGUUUCUACUCAGAAUCCCUCUGAGACACAGUGUCUGGUGGCAGAGGCUUUGGGCAUCCCCGCCAACAGGGUGGCAGUCCGUGUGAAAAGGAUGGGUGGAGGCUUUGGAGGAAAGGAGAGUCGCAGUAUCUUACUCUCCACUGUGGUUGCCGUGGCAGCGCACAAGCUGCAGCAGCCUGUUAGGUGCAUGUUGGACAGAGAUGAAGACAUGUUGAUCACUGGAGGAAGACAUCCAUUCUACGGAAAAUACAAAGUGGGUUUCCUCAAGAGCGGGAAGAUUAUAGCUCUGGAUGUGUCGUACUACAGUAAUGUUGGCAACUCCCUUGACCUCUCUCUGUCAGUCAUGGAGCGUGCGCUGUUCCACAUGGAGAACUCGUACAGCAUUGCAAAUGUGCGCGGUCGCGGCUUCCUGUGCCGCACCAACUUACCGUCUAAUACUGCCUUCAGAGGCUUUGGAGGUCCCCAAGGCAUGAUGAUUGCUGAGAGCUGGAUAACAGAUGUAGCCCAGAGCCUAGGCUGGCCAGCCGACAAGGUUCGCAGAAUGAACCUGUAUGUCCAAGGUGACUUGACACCAUACAACCAGGUCCUGGAACAGUUCACAUUGGACCGCUGCUGGGACGAGUGCCUUUCCCGUUCAGAAUACCAGCAGCGGCGAGCUGCUGUUGAGCUCUAUAACAGACAGAACCGAUGGACCAAACGAGGCCUUGCCAUCAUACCAACCAUGUUUGGCAUCAGCUUCACCGCUUCCUUCCUUAACCAGGCCGGCGCGCUAGUCCACAUCUACACAGACGGUUCGGUGCUGUUGACCCAUGGUGGGACAGAAAUGGGACAGGGACUCCACACAAAGAUGAUCCAGGUUGCCAGCCGGGUUCUCGGUGUCCCCUGCUCAAAGAUCCACAUAUCGGAGACCAGCACCAAUACAGUCCCUAAUACAAGUCCAACUGCUGCCUCGGCUUCUUCAGACCUCAAUGGUGCUGCUGUGAAAAAUGCCUGCCUGAUACUCAACAAGCGUCUGGAACCCUACAAAAGCAAAAACCCCAAAGGAUCAUGGGAAGACUGGGUGAAAGCAGCGUACUUCGACCGAGUCUCCCUGAGUGCUAACGGCUUUUACAAGACUCCAGAUUUAGGAUACGACUUUGACACCAACUCUGGCCGAGUGUUCAACUACUACAGCUACGGAGUGGCCUCUUCUGAAGUGGAGGUCGACUGUUUGACUGGAGCUCACAAGAACCUGAGCACUACCAUUGUAAUGGACGUUGGCGUUAGCCUCAACCCGGCAAUCGACAUUGGUCAGGUGGAGGGGGCUUUCAUGCAGGGUCUGGGUCUGUUUACCCUGGAGGAGCUUCACUAUUCCCCCCAGGGUGUCCUCCUCACUCGGGGUCCAGGUUCUUACAAGAUCCCGGCCUUCGGUGACAUUCCAACCCGGCUAACUGUGUCACUGCUCCGUGACGCACCCAAUGACAAGGCCAUCUUUGCCUCCAAGGCUGUGGGCGAACCUCCUUUGUUCCUUGCGUCAUCUGUUUUCUUUGCUAUCAAAGACGCCAUUAGUGCAGCAAGGGCUGAGUCGGGCAUCACUGGCCCGUUCAGGCUGGAUAGCCCCGCCUCUGCAGAGCGGAUCCGAAAUGCCUGCAGUGACCGCUUCACCAAACUGUGUCCUCCAGCAGAGCCUGGAACCUUCCGCCCUUGGUCUGUGCAAGUCUAGUUCUCGUCUCUGAAACCAGAACCACACGUCACAGGAUGGAGAAGCACACUUCAAGAACACAACAAGCUUGUAAACACAAGAAUAUUGUGGAAGACUGACUGAGCUGAAUCCGUUAAGUUGUUCUGGUCACAGUGGAACUGAUCCAGGGUGACUAGCAUGUGUUAUUCUGGCACAAUUUAGCAAUUUAUGUGUGAUUUUAUAUUUGGUCAAGUGAAAGAAUAAAUAAACAACUAUAAGCAACACUCUGGACAUCACAAAAACGUCUUUAUGAUGCGUGUAUGUGUGGUCUAAAUAAACAGAAAGACA